GCGAACGAAGCGGAUAGGAGUUUCAGUAACAACACAGCUCCAAAUUUACGAAAUCGUGCGCAAUAUCGAGUCAUAUCUCACACAAGUUAAGGCAUAGAUUCGCUUGCACACCAAUCAUAGUUCGACCUGUCAGUAAAGGUGGUGGUUUAUUCGUGGUCAAUAUAAAAGCAGUGUUGCAUUCUGCAUCGGCUAGUUCUUUGGGGCUUAUAAAGAGUAAAAGAUAUAAUAUCAGUAUGCGGACCAUAAUCGUCGUCGCUUGCCUGGUGUUGUCAGUUUGCGCCGUCGAAAAGUAUAGUUCAAAAUAUGACAACUUUGAUGCAGAAACAUUGAUCACAAAUGAUAGACUACUAAAGUCGUAUAUCAAUUGUUUCUUAGACAAAGGAAGAUGCACUUCUGAAGGAAAUGAUUUUAAAAAAUACCUUCCUGAAGCCAUAGAGACAACCUGUGGAAAGUGCAGUGAGAAACAAAAAGUAAACAUAAGAAAAGUUAUCAAAACUAUACAGCAGAAACACCCUAAGGAGUGGGACGAGCUAGUAAAGAAAAAUGAUCCUUCAGGAAAAUAUCGCACAGAUUUCGAUAAAUUUAUCCAUGAAAAUUAAAUAAUGAUGCGUAUUACAAGCAGGCCAGAAAAAUAUAAAAUUAGAAUGCUUGCUAUGAAAUAAGACAGUUUUAAAGAUUUUUAAUGGCGUAUUUAAGAUUUGAGUAGGAAGCGAACUUCACAUAUCCGUUUAAUGGCACGGACGAGUAAAAAAAGUAGGACUCCGCGCCGUGAUAUUAGCAAGUGAAGCACCUUUAUGCUAGUGUGUGUGCGGUUACGGGGGAUACCAUUUACACAAUUUUUUCUCCCUUAAAUAAUCACAUAUAGCCUUUAAAAAAUACAAAUACUUUCAUAGUAUCGUUUUUACACUUUUUCACAACGCACGACGGUAUUUUUUAAAUAUUUAAUUGCGACGCAAACUGAUCUGUCAGACGAAAGCAAAUCUCAUAAUGGCGGCCGAUCGGCUUGUAUUAGUGUAAGUGUGUGCGUGGGGCUAUGUAUUUAGUCGUUUACCGGCUUGUUUUGGUGCGUCACUGUUAUGUAAGGUGACACGGAGUUCGGAGUUCUUUUUUUGCUCGUCCGUGUGUAAUGGAUGAAAUGUAUUAAUUUAUCAAUAUGUUGAAAAAAAUAAAACGUGGAAUGAUAUUUCUGUAGAUAGCUUUUCUUUAUGCUAGUAAGAAGUGCUUUUUGAUUUAUACAUUCAAUAAAAUCAUUCAAAAUUAAUUAAUUUUAAGUGAAAGCUUCUACACGUAUGGCAGUGAUGGAAUGGGGAAAAAGCAUUUAUCACACAUGACCGUCACACCAAACAGAUAAUAGUAUAUUUAUGAGAAAACUACUAAUUAAUUGAUAUAAAAUAGUUUAUACAUUAAAUUAAUGGGUGGAGUUCGCUUGUUAUUCGUAUCCUAUACAAUAAGUUUAAUAAACGGUUUUUGGUGGUUACAACAACCAACAAUGUGAUAAAGGAAAUUAUUAUUACAAUUUAUGCAUUUUUACAUCAAAAUAUUUAUUUUUUUAAACAAGGAAUCAAUAUUAAAUGCUAAAAUUACCAAAAUUGAUAUUCCAUAAAUAAUAUACUAUAGGUACACUAAAUCUUAGAGUUAAGAAAAUUGUUGCGUUCUUAAAUUCGUUAUGAGACGAACAUAUUUGACUAUUUGUGAUGUUAAUGCUUUGGUCGCUUAAAUUAUUUAUUUUUAUCUAGACUGAUGUUAUAAUAAAAAACAGAAAAGUUA